CGCAAGUUCGCUGCUGUCAAACACCGGCGCUUUCUCCAUAAAUCAAUUAAUCAUAAAUCAGCGUAAACACGGUAUAAACGCUCAAGAUUCAUAAGAGACGUUCAUUCGAACCUUUUAUAGUUUCUCGCGUCGAUCUGAACCAAAGUUUGUGUGUGUCUUCAGCGCGCGGUUAGCAGGUAACGUCACGUUAAACAACAACAAACCGACUUAAAGAAAAGCACCUCAGAUUAGAAGUGUUUGACUGCAAAAACAUGUCGACGUAGAGUCUGAAGUCACGGAUUGGACGCGUUUUACUGCGGAAAGCGUGUAGAAUGUGAGCGUUCAGCAGGUGAAAGUGCUGAGGCGGCGUCGCGGUUAAUCUUAGCUCGAGUUCGGCGCGAAACAUGCGCCUCGAAGCCGCCGAAGAAACCGCGGGAUCGGGCUGAAGCUCUGCUGACUCCACACUGGACGAAGUCGAGUCAGAUUUUCUGUUUUCAGAAGAACAAACUCAGGUCUCUCACGGCUCAGGUUAAGAACUCUUUCAGAUGAUGAUGUUUGUCCUGAAGGGUUGUUGAGGUCUCAGGAUGUCUGCGACGCUCAGGGUUUGGUGUCUUCUGGUCGUCUGGACGCUUCUCGCAGCGUCUUCUUCUCAGAGGAACGCCGUGGAUUUCUCGGAGAGGUUUGGGAGCGCCCUGCCGUCCCUCAGUCGCCCGGCGAACGCCAGCCGGAUCUUCUACAGCAUCAUGUUUGACGCCGGCAGCACCGGCACCCGCAUCCACGUCUACACCUUCAUCCAGAAAGAGCCGGACGGUCUGCCGGUGCUGGAUAAUGAGAUGUUCCACUCCAUGAAGCCUGGUCUCUCUGCGUUCGCCGACAUCCCUGAGAUUGCCGGUCACACGGUGCGUCAGCUGCUGCGGGUGGCCAAGAAGACGGUUCCGCCGGUGGAGUGGAAGAGAACCCCGGUGCUGUUCAGAGCCACGGCUGGACUCAGGCUGCUGCCGCCGGCCAAAGCUCACGCGCUUCUGGAGGAGGUGCAAGACGUCUUCGAUGAGUCUCCGUUUUACGUGCCUGUCGAUAGCGUCAGUAUCAUGAACGGCACAAACGAAGGGAUCCUGGCCUGGGUCACAGUCAACUUCCUGACGGGUCGGCUCCACAGAAACACUCAGAAGACGGUGGGGAUCCUGGACCUGGGAGGAGGAUCCACGCAGAUCACCUUCCUGCCCAGAUCACGGAGAGCAGCGGAGAGCACUCCGGCGGAGUUCAUGGUGACCUUUGACCUGUUCAGGAGCACGUAUGAGCUCUACACACACAGUUACCUUGGAAACGGAAUCAAGGCAGCACGUCUGUCUGCUCUGGGAGCACUGGCUUCAGACGGUCUGGAGAAUAAAGUCUUUAAAAGCUCCUGUUUGCCCAGAGGACUGACCGGGGACUUCAUCUUUGGAGGUGUAGAUUAUCAUGUCAGUGGAGUCACAGAAGGCGUGACAGGUUUUAAAGUGUGUUAUCAGGAGAUGCUGAAGGUGGUGAAGGGCAUCAUCAAGCAGCCUCCUGAUCUGAAGGACAGCAGCUCCUUCUACGCCUUCUCCUAUUACUUCGACCACGCCGCCGAGGCCGGACUCAUCGACGAGAGCAGAGGAGGAGCCGUGAAGAUCCGAGACUUCAAGAAAAGAGCCAAAGAGGUGUGUAACCGUCCGUCUAAACACACUCGGCUCAAUCCGUUCCUCUGCAUGGAUCUCACGUACAUCGUCUGUCUUCUCAAAGACGGCUUCGGCUUCAAGGAGAGCACCGUGCUGCAGCUGACCAAGAAGGUGAGGAACGUGGAGACCAGCUGGGCUUUGGGAGCUGCUAUCUACCACUUCCAGAAGUUCAGGAUUCAUUAGAGAGACGAGACGCUUCCUCUGGAGCUGGUGUCUGGUACCUUCCCAAACACGAUCCGGAGAACGGCUCUGGCAGGAAAGACGCUUCCCGUGUCACCUACAGACUUUAACGUCAUCGCUGCAGUGUUUUGAGCGCAUUAAAAAACAUUCAUUUCUCACAUCAAAAAAUA